CGACAUCACUGUCUUCAUCCAAGAUGUCAAUGAUCAUAACCCUGUGUAUCAAAGCAGUCAUUAUGAGAGGUCUAUCCAUGAGUCUAAACCAGUCAAUGAACCAAUAUUCCAACUGAUUGCCAUUGAUGAAGACUUGGGCCAGAACGGUGCUCUUGUGUACAACAUCACAAGAGGAAACCUGCAACAUCGGUUUGGUAUAUUUCCCCGAUGGUACUCUCUAUGUUGCUCAUAAACUGGACAGAGAAGAAAGGGACAUCUAUUCUUUGUCUGUGACCGUCAGCGACCGGGGUGCAGAGCCUAGAAGCUCGGUAGCCAACAUAACAUUUCAUAUUCUCGACGACAAUGACAACAAACCAGUUUUUAGCAAUGACACAUAUGAACUCUAUGUUCGAGAAAACAUGCCCCUGAGAACCUUCACUGGAACAGUCCGGGCAACAGAUGCUGAUAUAGGUAGAAAUGCUGAGAUUAUCUUCUCAGUUGGAGGUGAUCAAACCAAUUUUACUAUCAAUCCUCAAACUGGAGAGGUAUUCACAUUGAAAUCUUUUGAUAGGGAAAGUAUGCAGACUCUAAUGGGAAGAGAUUAUUAUGCUUUUGAGGUAACAGCAACCGAUAAUGGACUGAAACGUCUUCAUGAAACUGCUUUAGUGAAAGUUUAUGUCACAGAUGAUAAUGAUAACCCACCAAUCUUCUCGAAGCAAAUCUACACUUCAUCUGUGAUGGAAAAUGCCCAGCUUGGAGUGAGACUCACCACAAUCACAGCCACUGAUGUUGACAUUGGAGAAAAUGGAGCAAUUUCUUACGUGUUCCUGUCAGGAAAUGAACAGAAGAAGUUCAGGAUUGAUGAAACACAGGGUAACGUUUUUCUCAUCGCUGAGCUAGAUCGUGAAACAAUAGAUCACUAUGACCUAAUCAUCUUGGCCUCUGACUCUGUGGAUGUGAGCAACCGCCUCAGUGCCACUGCUACUCUGCACAUCACCGUCAUGGACUUCAAUGACAACAUACCAAUGUUUGUCUCUCCUCCAUCAGAAGCCAGCAUCCUUGAGUCAGCCCAGCCUGGAGAACUUAUUGCUUCGUUUUCUGCUGUGGAUGAUGACAUUGCCAACAAUGCCGUCCUCUUCUAUGACAUCAACCUUGGCAACAACGGAAACUUCUUCAACCUGGACAGGCACACGGGUAAACUGUACCUAAACAAACCCCUGGACUACGAGAAUACCAAGAAGUUUACUCUGGAGAUAAUGGUGUCUGACGCAGGGGAUGGUGACCACCAAACACUGUCGUCCAGCACCUCAUUCGUCGUCAAUGUCCUGGAUGUCAAUGACAAUGCUCCCAUAUUCAGUGAUGGGUCCAUCUCAAGCUCUGUGAGGGAAGAUUCCGCAAAGGGCAAAAAUGUGGCUUCAGCUAAUGCCUUUGAUGCUGACUCAGGUCCAAAUGGGCAGAUUCUGUACAGCAUCAUUCAACAGAACCCUGUGGGCAACAACUUCCAGAUAAACCCUGCAACUGGUGAUAUUUACAUCCAUGAGAAGGUUGACCGAGAAGUGUCUGAACUCUACACAGUAACCGUCAUGGCAACAGAUCAGGCAACAGAUCCACUUUUAAGACUCUCCUCCACGAAAAUCGUCAGCCUCAUCAUCCUCGAUGUAAAUGACAAUGCACCAACAUUUAAGUCUCAGAACACAUUUCCUGUUUCUUCAAGUGCCACUCGUAGCAUCAUCACCACAAUCGAAGCAGAUGAUCCUGACACCGGUAAUAAUGGACGCAUAUCGUUCAGUAUGGUGUCUGGUGACACCACUCUGUUCUCCUUGGCCUCCAGUGGACAGUUGAACCUGUUGAAGAACUUCCCUGUGAAUCCAGUCUCCUACUCCUUGACAGUCAAGGCCACUGACCAUGGACAGGAUGAUGGGAGGCCCGAUCCCAAAUCAACAAGCAUGGACUUUACAGUUUUGGUCAUAUCUGAAAGUGGUGGUCCUAUAUUCUCCUCACGUUCGUACAGUAGUGGUGUUCAAGAGAACCAGCCUGUUGGUACAAGCGUUUUGCAAGUAGAUGCGACAUCUUCCCAGUCUGGAUUACGUGUAGAAUACUUUCUCACAGGCGUUUCAGGCUCCGCAGGAAGGAUAUUUGACAUUAAUAAAUCAACUGGAAGGCUUACCACUGCACAAGUUCUUGACAGGGAAAAAUUACCGGAAUAUGUGGAUGUCACCAUUUAUGCUGCACUGAUUGGUGGAAAUGGCCCAAGAACUCGCUCCACUCAGGCUCGGAUUCGGAUUGUGGAUGAGAAUGACACGCCCCCACGCUUCUCAAGCUCCCUCUUCCUGGAGACCAUCUCCGAGAAUGCCCAGCUUGGACAGUCCAUAUUGAAGGUUGAUGUCUCCGACCCAGACACCAUCGGCAGCACACAGUUACAGCUGAAUGGAAAUGGCGCUGAGGAUUUCUCUAUAAGUCAAGAUGGUACUUUGAAAACAGCAAGAGUUUUGAGUCGAUCCCGAAGGAGGUCAUAUGCUUUCCGCAUCCAAGCUUCAGAUGGGCAGCAGACGUCAUUUUCCGAUGUUCAGAUCUCAGUCAGGGAUGAAAACAAUCACCCUCCUGAGUUCACCCACUCUUUUUAUUCCUUCGAUGUCCCCGAAAACUCUGCAAUUGGCACAACAGUUGCUAGUGUCACAGCCAUUGACCAGGAUGAGGCAUCCAAUGGUCAGGUGACCUAUGAACUGGUUUCUGAUUGGGGGAAAAGCAAGUUCCAAGUUGAAGGCAGCCUGGGCACCAUAACACUGAUUGACCAACUCGACUUUGAGGAGGUACAGUUGUACACCCUGAACAUCUCCGCUAAUGACGGCGGCAGUCCCUCCCGCGUCAGCACCGUUACCGUCUACAUGAACGUGAAGGAUGUCAACGACAACACGCCUGUCUUUGAUCCAAUGUCUUACAGUCAGGAGAUCUGGGAGAACGCCCCCAUUGGGACAACACUCCUCAACGUCAGAGCCACCGAUAUAGACACAGGCAUCAACAGUCAAAUCCGGUACUCUCUAGCGGGUGGAGAUAGGAAGAACCAGUUUGGCAUCGGACCGUUUAAUGGAACGAUUUACACCAUCGGCUACCUGGACAGAGAAAACAUCCCAACCUAUCGUCUGAUCGUCAUAGCAACUGACCAAGCAGAGCCCCCUAGUGAUAGAUUAUCAACUUCAGCAACUGUCACAAUUCAACUGAAGGAUGUGAAUGAUUGUCCUCCCAAGUUCAAGAGCCCCAAUGCAACCUGGGUAAAGGAAGACUCGAGCAGGGGGUCGGUUGUGUUCACUGUGCUGGCAACAGAUGCCGACUCUGGUCAGAAUGGUCAGGUGUCGUACAGUCUCGCAUCUGUUCCUGGGUUUGGAUAUCCGUUUACUCUGGACCAAGCAAGUGGACACCUCCAAGUGAACACGGGCCUGGAUAGGGAAACCAUUGCAAACUACUCUCACCUCACUGCUUCUGACAAAGGUCAGCCAUCAUUGAGCACCAUACAGAGUCUGACUGUUCAUAUUGAAGACGUAAAUGACAACGCCCCGCAGUUUAUGAAGCAGACGUAUGGUGCAACAGUGCCAGAAGACAUUGCUGUUGGCAAGAGCUUGCUGAAGGUUUCUGCAACUGAUCUGGAUGAAGGUUUGAAUGGAAUCAUUCGUUAUUACAUCAUCAGAGGGGAUGACAACUAUGACUUCAAUCUGGACAUGAGUAGCGGUGUUCUAAGGAUACAGAAGAAUCUGGACUAUGAACGAAAUCAGCAGUACCACCUGAUUGUCCAAGCAGAAGACAGUGGCGUCCAUGUUGUGCGCAGUGCAACAGCUUCCAUAGUCGUUAAUGUCACUGACGUCAACGACAACGCACCUGUGUUUGUAGAUUCACCCUAUGUUGCAUUUGUUCAGGAAAACAACAGAAACAUUCCUGUUCACUUAAUGCAAGUGACGGCCAGAGACGAUGACUCAGCACCGAACAGUCAACUGACUUAUUCUCUUCUAGACGAUGAUGGAAUAUUUCAAAUUGAAGGUCGGUCAGGGGAGAUAACUGUUCAUCAGACACUUGACAGGGAAGCCACAGCAGAAUACAAACUCAUCAUUAUCGCCAAAGAUUCAGGUUCUCCUCGUUUGACAGGAUCAGGGACCAUCAAGGUGUUGGUACAGGACGUCAAUGACCAUUCUCCAGCGUUUGACAACACGCAGUACACAGGACAUGUCCUGGAGAACCUGUCCUCGCCUACCUCCGUACUCUCGGGAGCCACAGACCAGGACGAGGGGGAAAACGCAGAGAUUGUCUACAGCUUGGAGAACAGCAUGGGGGAGAAGUUCACCAUAUACCCAGACACCGGUCAAAUCGUUACCUUGGCAAUACUGGACAGAGAGGAACGCAAUGAGUAUGAGCUAGUUGUCAUUGCCUCAGACAGAGGCAUCCCCCCUCAGUCGGCCACCACCAAGGUUGUGAUCCACAUAGACGAUAACAACGACAAUUCCCCCGAGUUUGAGCAGCAAAGCUACUCCCAGGUUGUUCUAAGUCCAACGGCCACAGGAGCAUUUGUGCUUGGAAGUGACCGCCAUAGAUCGAGACAUCGGCAGCAACGGCCAGGGCAAGGUUCCAACUCCAACACUGUCACUGUUCGCGUGGACAUGAUCUCGUCCUCCGAAUCUAAACCCAUCUUCAGCCCAUUUGAUGUGAACCUGUCUGUAAAGGAAAACUCUCUCCCUGGUAAGAUUCUCACCACCGUAUCAGCCACUACGACCAGGACCAAUCAGAUCCUGUAUUACAUCGCCGGGGGCAACGUCAACCGAGGAUUUGGAAUCAACCAACUGAAUGGUACCAUUUCUGUGUUUGGAGUCAUUGACUACGAAACUACCAGGAGCUUUGAGCUGUGGAUUGAGGCCAAUGAUGGAGGCAACCCAGCUCUGUCAGAGUAUAAGAUGAUGAGGGUGAGCGUAGAGGACGAGAACGACAAUGCUCCUCGGUUCCAACAGAGUCACUACAACACCAGCAUUCUGGAGAAUGUUCCGAAGGGUCGUACAUUGAUACAGCUUUCGGCCACUGACCUUGACUCCAAUCAAAAUGGCCAGAUCACAUACUCCAUCCACAGUGGUAAUACCAAUAAAACCUUCCAAAUUGAUGCUCAGUCUGGCCUCAUCUCCACCUUCAACAUCGUGGACAGGGAAGGCAUCAGCCUCUUCCAUCUCAUUGUAAAGGCUGAAGACCAGGGUACCCCAAAACUGACCUCUACUGCAACAGUGACAAUCCACAUCCUUGAUGAAAAUGACAACCCACCCAAGUUUACAAGGCGAUACAGUCUGUCAGUGCCGGAGAAUGUCCCUCUCAACAGCUUCAUCGUACAGAUGAAAACGUCCGACAAGGACAUCGGUGACAAUGCCAAGUCAACCUUUAAGCUGCAGAAUGAUCAUGACAAGCUUAGCUUUGCUAUUGACAGCAUCAGCGGCAACAUCUCCACCGUGGCACUGUUGGAUGCAGAGAAAGAAGACAGAUACUACCCCAGUGUUGUUGCUGUGGAUACUAACUUCAGAGUAUCAACUCAGGUCUUCAUCAAGGUCCAAGAUGUCAAUGACAAUGCUCCUGUGUUCAUAGAAGACACUCUCAGCUUUGACUUCCAGGAAAACCAGUCAGCCAAUGCAGUGGUUGGAAGGUUAAGGGCAAUGGAUGCGGACUUGGAACAACCCAACAAUCAGUACAUCUUCUCACUGAAACGCCCCUCAGAUAUCUUUGAAAUAAAUGCUGAAACUGGAGACAUUACUGCCUUACAAACACUCUACUACCGUCACGUGCCAGACCAUCCCCUGUCCAUCAACAGAUACACCCUAGAUGUUGUGGUGACAGAUCUUGGAACACCCUCCUUGUCCUCCGAGAACAUGGUGAUCAUCACCGUCAUUGAUGCCAAUAACCAUCCUCCUCAGUUUGUACAGAGCAGCUACUUCUCAGCCGUGCCAGAAAACAGAGCAAUUGGGGACCAUGUCAUCUCUAUACUGGCUGUGGAUGAACAUGACUAUGGAAUCAAUGCAGAAGUGUUCUAUUCGGUUUCAGGAGGAAACGGUUCUCAGUUCUUCCAGAUUGAUCAAGAUACUGGCUUCAUUACCGUGAAAGCUUCUCUUCAGGGCCGACAGAAUGCUGAUUACCUCCUGUUUGUGAAAGCCCAGGACAAAGGUACACCUCCCCAGUCCACUACAGUAGACGUUCACUUCAAGAUCACCGAUGUCAACAACUUUGCUCCAGAGUUUGCAACUCAGAUCUUCCAGAAAACCAUCGCUGAAGACACUCCUAUCGGGCAGACCAUACAGACUUUCUCAGCAACAGAUAAUGAUCCUGGCAUCAAUGGCCAAGUCAUGUAUCUUAUCUCCUCUGGGAACAAAGAUGGUCUAUUUCACAUGGGGAAAGAAAGCGGUGCACUCAUUAUUGCCAAGGCUCUUGACUUUGACACCCAUCCAACUCAUCUUCUGACUAUCAGUGCCAGAGACAAGGCUCUUGUGUAUAAGGAGAUCAACAGGACAUUCACUCUCCAUCUCACUGAUGUAAAUGACAACCCGCCUGUGUUUAACCAGACCUACUAUGAUGCCUACAUCCCCGAGAACUCGGCCCCUUCCACAUCCUUCUACACGGUCCAUGCUACAGAUGCAGACAGUGGGGACAAUGCCAUCAUCCACUAUUCAAUAGUCGGGAACUCCAUUUUCACCAUUGAGAAGGAGACAGGAAUAAUGAGAUCCCAGGGUAGUCUGGAUUAUGAGGUGAAGGACGCUUACUCCGUGACGAUCAUGGCCUACAACCCAAGCGAAUUAAAUGGGGGAUCGGAUAUGAAGAAGACUGUUGUCACCGUUCAUGUCCAUGUGGUUGGUGUCAACGAAUACUUCCCUCAGUUUGAGAAAUCACGCUACAACUUCAGAGUCAGUGAAUCUGCAACAAUCAACUCAUCCAUUGGGUCAGUCAUGGCAACAGAUCAAGACAAGGGUAUCUGAUGGCAUAGUAUAUUAUUUCCUCAUUGGCUCCAGCAACCUUAGAGGAUUUCGCAUCGACCAUCAGACUGGAGUUAUUCAUGUUGCCGGGCGACCAGACUACGAGUCCUCGCAAGAGAUAAUUCUGAAUGUAAUGGCCAAG